AGAAAAAAGUCAAAAAACAAGAGUCUUCACUUAUGACUUAACAUUUCUCACACUCUUUUGUCAGAACAAAACUAUGGCAAAGCUCAGAAAUCUGAAACAACCACCGUUUCCAUAACCACCACCACAACAACCACCAUUUCCUCCUCCUUCUUCCCAAAUCACUCACUCGCAUUCACUUCAAACAGCAACAUCAAUGGCUUCAGCAUUGGAAUGUUGGUCAAGACGAGGCAACAACAACAACCACAACAACAACGAUGAAGAAGACAUGGUAGAACAAGUUCUAAUGGAAACAAACCCAUCUUCACAACCCAACAACAAAGACUCUUCAAUCAUUCACAAGAAGUUUAACAAACUCACCCGUAAUGUUUCUGAAGCUAUUGCUUCACUCAAAAACACUCUCAACAUUAACCUUAAUCUUGAUUCUUCCAAACCCGACAACAACAACACUUGUCGGAGUAGUAACAAUAACCUUGUUUGGGGAACUGUUGUGAGAAAUCUUACUCAGCUUUAUCCUGGUAGUCAACUUCCUGAGAAGCUCAUGUCCAAUAUUCGCAAGCACUAUGAUUCCUUGCCUCCUAGUUAUUCUCAGGCUGGUUUUGAUGUUAAAGACGUGUUUCUUCACAUCAAGCUGAUUGAGCAAACUUUGGAAGAUUCGCAGGCUGCAAUUUUGAUUGAAGAAGAGUGUGACGGUGAAAUGCAGCUUCAAGGGUCUUUGUUCAAGUUGACAUUUGCUUGCAACUCUCCAAUUUCAUGGCCUGCAAUGUCGAGUGCAUUGGAUAGUUCCUCCAUUUGCUGCAAGAAGAUUCAGAUCUUUGAGAAGAAAGGUCUCACCCUUGGAAUUGUACUUCUACUUGUUCUCUCUGGAGUCGGACAAGAUAAGUUGGUAAGGACCCGAGUUGAAAGUGCUCUCAAGUUUGCCAUGAAGAAGCCUAAAGCCAGUGUUGUGAAGCUUCCCUUUGGGCUUUGUGGAUGUCAAGAGGAGAAUUUCAAGGGGAGAGAAUUUGGAGAGAUUGAAGAGAAUUGUAGCGGUGUAUACUGCGGAAACGGAUUUGAGAGUUUGAGCCAAAAGAUUCAUCUCGAAAUGCCGUUGCCUAAUUCAGUGUUUCAUGUAUCGGUAGAUGAGUGGCAGACUAUUCUGACAGAUGCCGAUGAGAUGCAAAAAUGGCUGUUAAACUCAGAUAGUCUUGAGUUCUCGGACCAGAUUGGACACAAUUCGUAUAAAGGUGCCUACAUGGGGAAAAAAGUUGGCAUUGAGAAGCUCAGAGGGUGCGACAAAGGGAACUCGUAUGAGUUUGUGCUCAGGAAAGAUAUGCUAGAACUGAUGACGUGCGGACAUAAAAAUAUUCUGCAGUUUUGUGGUGUUUGUGUAGAUGACAAUCACGGGUUAUGCGUAUUGACGAAAUUCAUGGAAGGUGGAUCUGUUCAUGACUUGAUUUCAAAGAACAAGAAACUUCAGAGCAAGGAUAUUAUAAGAAUUGCAGUUGAUGUGGCUGAGGGGAUCAAGUUUAUGAACGAUCAUGGUGUUGCGUAUAGAGACCUUAAUACUCAGAGGAUUAUGUUGGAUAAACAUGGGAGUGCUUGCUUGGGAGAUUUAGGUAUAGUCACUGCCUGCAAGAGCAACCAAGAAGCAAUGGACUAUGAAACCGAUGGUUACCGGUGGCUAGCUCCGGAGAUAAUCGCCGGCGACCCUGAAAGUGUCACAGAGACAUGGAUGAGCAAUGUUUAUAGUUUUGGCAUGGUAAUUUGGGAGAUGGUAUCCGGUGAAGCAGCCUAUACUGCAUAUUCACCUGUGCAGGCAGCAGUAGGCAUUGCAGCUUGUGGCCUUAGACCUGAGAUCCCAAAGGACUGUCCACAGAUUCUAAAAUCUCUAAUGACAAAAUGCUGGAACAACACUCCUUCGAAACGCCCCGAAUUCUCCGAAAUAAUAGCGAUAUUGCUGCGAAACAACAACAAUAAUAGGUAAACUUCUGAAGGUCAUUGUGGAAUGUAAUCUGUUGAUAUUGUAGUAAUUGAAGGAAGUUUCAUACACAAUCAUGAAUGAAUUCUGUAUGCUUUUGUAAGUGUAAUGAAGAUGUAAAAAGUUUCAUUUCAUAAAUUUGAACAAUAUUUGUACCUUCUCUUUUAUGAUGUCCCUGCCAUCAUGAAUCUACUAUUUUUAUGUUUUGUGAUGGUAACUUGAAUGAUGGAAAUAUUUAAAUAGUGUCACAUUGUUUUGUUGUGACUUAUGAAUAUUGAGU